ACAUGUGGAGGAGGUAUUGAGAAGCAAUUACAAUGUCCCAGUACAACCUUGAUUAUUCGAAUUAAGUUUGUUUACGUCCACUAGCUUACGCGUACAGUGAAAUAAAAUUGCGAGCAACAAAAAGAAUCAAUUUUGUUUGGAAAUAAUUUCAAAUACAUUUUACAAUGGAUGGAAAGUUGCUUUUUUGUAUCAGUGUAGUUGCUGGUGAAAAUACCUUGUAUGGUCCAGAAUGGAAGGAAGGAGAACCAGGGAAGACAUUAAUAGAUCUUUUUUUGCAAGUCUGUGGAACAAAAGUGAUUGGACAACAAGUUCAAGUUUUGGUAUCGAAAGAUCGUUCAUUUUUAGAAGCAGCAGUUGUGCAAGUGUGUUCGCCAUUGGUUCAGUUGUCUCAGAAAGGACAAAGUUAUAUUCAGUUUAUUUUAAAGUCCAGUGCACACUUCGUAAAGAAUUCGUCAGUGUUUGUUGGCCAGCGUGGAAAAUCUAAUACAACAUUCAAAGCAAAACAGAAUCUAGUUACACCACCAUUUAAUAUCAAAGACAUUACACAGAACGAUAAAAACACACAUGCACACACAUACAUUAACUGGAAGGAUUCUACGGAAGCCGAUUUUAAUUCGUUUAGUUCUUCAUCACGCAUAGAGUCACAGCGUAGGUCAGUAUUCAACAUACAGGAAACUCCAUUGCACACUUUGACGACGAGGCCUUCGUUCGAAAAUAUGACAGUUGAGGAGAUUUGUGAGGAGAUUAAAAGAAUCAAGUCAAAUGAGUUACCGAAGACGAAAAUUUCGCCAUGGAUUGAAGGGAGCUGCACUGGUAAAACGAAAGAAGCAAAUCUAAAGGAGAAGGUAAUGAAAAGUGAUGCUUCCUUAACGUCCGAACGUGCUUCGAAGAAAGUAACUCCAGCAAAGCGUACGCUAAUAGCUGGGAAGUCAAAAGCUAUUACCAAACUCACCGAAAGCGCGAAAAAUAAAAUGAACUCGACAAGAUCUACCAAGCCAUCAUCUCCGCCAUGUUCAUUAUCACCUUCCACAGCCAAACCUACUGCUCAUUCAAAUUUUAUUAUAUCCGACAGACUGUCUGUUCUUGCACAGCCUCGUAAUCGAACUCGUGACGUCACUUCAUCAAACGCUUCGCCCAGCUCAACAACACCACCAAUAAGAAAAAGUCUAAGCAGGAAAAGUCUGCCAGAAAAUACCAAAACAAAGUUAUCUGCCAAGAAAACUAGUACCAGCCCAUCCAUGACCAGAGGUAGUCGUGUAAAUAGUACGUUUGUAAAAACGGGGGUAAAAAUCACAACAAAAACGAAAGGAAAUGAGAAAUCCUCUGAUACCUCUUCAGAGUAUUUCGUGGAAAUCUUCACAAAAGAUAAAAAAGGGAUCGCAAAAGUUUUAAACCAAGCGAAGAAUAUAGAUAGCCAUAUUAAACGUCUGCCAGAUUAUAGUGCUGACUCGCUCAUGAAUCAAUCCGUUGAUAAAUCGUAUGAAAAAUCUAAUUCUAGUAGUUUACCAGCUGCAAGCGAAUCAGAUGAUUUUACUUCCAAAGAAUCUGAAGUCUCGAUGAGUGAUAUGUUGUCAAAGUUAAAUCAUGAUCGAUUGGACAAUCAAAAUUUAAGUUGUUUAUCUGAGCAAGGCAAUAAUGCUCCCGAAAAUAAUUCUAACGCAGAGGCAGCUAAGUUAACACCUGUGAAAUAUACAUCAGAACUUUUAAAUGACGUUGAGUCCAGCCCCGAUGACGCAGUGAUUUUCGACAAGAGCAAAGCGUCUCUAGAUGAUAAAAACGAAAGCGACAUUUUGGAUAAUCGAGACGAGAUCGAAGGGGAGGAACGGAGUGAGCCAAAAUUAGAUAGUUCCGAUGAGAAUGUCAAAAAUACAGCUAAAGAAAUUUUGAGUAUCACCUCGAGCAUCUCCAUAGAAAAUGCUCUUAAUGAGUAUUUAUCAUUAAGUCCAAAAACAUCACCAGUAAAGUCCUUGUUUUCGCCAUUAUUUGAAAGAAAUAAACUGAGACAUGCCUCGUCUACCCCAAUAUAUACACACCAAAGUUUGAGAAGUAAAUCCGUUGAUAAUAUCAACUUGGAAUUAUAUCCAAAUUUGCACAAACAUUCGAAAUAUAAAGAUAAGUCUGAUAAGGGUCUUUCUAAAAGUUUGGAUUCUUUGGAGGAAAAUAAUAUUUGUGACGUCAGAAAGGACGAAAAGUUAAACAAAAGUGAAUGCAGUGAAAUGAUUACAGAAACGAGUCCCGCCAUAUCCAAUGGUAAGACUGAAAAUUUUACGUGUAAGAAAAGUAACAACGAAGAAAAUAUUCUCUGGUCAAACUCACGUGGAAUAAAAUUUACCGUAGGAGACGAAGAGAACGAACAUAAUCGGACGUUUGUUUUAAAGGAUAAAGAAAACCAAGAUACAGCAAGGAAGACGGAGAAUAACCAUUUAACUUUGCCGCUCCGUGAUGAAAACCUGGCAGUAAGCACCCUCAAAACACCUGACAAACAUAGAAAACAUUGGGGAACUAGUAUAAAGGGUAUGGAUAGCAUGUUGAUUCCGUCAUUACAAGCAUUUUCACUUGAGCUUCGAACCACAACAGAAAACGCGGCGAGUCGUAUCAGGGUCUUGUAUGAAGAUUGGCAACAAAAGUUUGAAGGUUUGGAACCGUCUGCCAUAAAAACGCCAAAAGCUGUAUUUCCGAAAGCAUCGCCAAAACUUGAGUCAAAAGGGGGAGAGCAACAGGGUAUAGCUGUUGUAUUUCGUAACCUCAGAAAGAUGGAAGUAAAAUUGAAAACCAUCGAACAAGCAGCACAGGCGAUGGUGAAAGCUUUAGAAGAAAACAAUCAAUUAAAGGAUUGUGAACCUAAGAAGAGUGGCGUUCAAAGAGCAAAAUCAUUCAAAUGGAAGGAAUUGAAAAACACAGCGCGUCAAACAAGAUCCAAAGUGUAUGCGAAUGAAGAUAAUGAUAGGUCUUCGGAUUUCAGUACAGACUCUGACACAUGAUGAUGACAAGAUGUUUAAAAAAUGUAUUUUAUGUAUUCCUGUAUGUACCAUGUAUACACAAACUAUUUUAGAGAA